AUGGGGGGAAAGAGCAGGGAGGAGGAGAGGAGGAAGCAGGGAGGAGGAGAGGAGGAGUAUGGGGGGAAAGAGCAGGGAGGAGGAGAGGAGGAGUAUGGGGGGAAAGAGCAGGGAGGGGGAGAGGAGGAGUAUGGGGGGAAAGAGCAGGGAGGAGGAGAGGAGGAGUAUGGGGGGAAAGAGCAGGGAGGAGGAGAGGAGGAGUAUGGGGGGAAAGAGCAGGGAGGGGGAGAGGAGGAGUAUGGGGGGAAAGAGCAGGGAGGGGGAGAGGAGGAGUAUGGGGGGAAACAGCAGGGAGGGGGAGAGGAGGAGUAUGGGGGGAAACAGCAGGGAGGGGGAGAGGAGGAGUAUGGGGGGAAACAGCAGGGAGGGGGAGAGCAGGGAGGAAGUGGGAAGAGAGAGGAUAGUGAUAAGGUGGAACCAUUUCGUGGGCAAUUAGUGGGUGAAUAA